AUGUCAGACACCUACUUGGUUGCGGCGAGCGGGCUCGCCGUCUGCUUCUUCGUGCUGUACCUCUUGAGACCCAAGACUGCUCUGCCUCCCGGUCCCCCCAAGCUGCCCUUGAUCGGAAACCUCCACCAGCUCGGCAAAAAGCCCAUGUACGAGCGCUGCCAGGAAUGGCACCGCCAAUUUGGCAAGCUGAUCUCCCUGAAACUCGGAUUCGACAACGUCGUGGUCAUUGGUAGCUCGCAGAUUGCCCGAGACCUCCUGGAUAAAAAGGGCGCCAUGUACAGCUCGCGGCCCAAGUUCGUCAUGGCCCACGAGAACGUGACCAAGGGCUUCCACACGGCGACACUUCCUUACGGGCCCCGAUGGCGUCUACACAAUCGCAUGCAACUGUCCGUCCUGAACAAGCGCAUCGUCACCCGGUGCCGACAGGUGCAGGAAUUCGAGAGUCUGCAGCUCAUCCACGAGCUCCUCUUCACCAACGACUUCCACCCGCGCUUCCAGCGCUGGGCCAACAGUCUGCAGACGGGUCUGGGCUACGGACAGCGCCUGGCCAAGGGAGACGAGUGCAAUAUCCACGAAAUGGAGCACAUCAGCCGCGUGUUCCGUGAAAUCUUCGCAACAGGCACUUGGCUCGUCGAUCUCUUCCCGGCCCUCAACCACCUCCCGCCUCUCCUCGCGCCCUGGAAGGGUGUCGCCGAGCAGCACUACAACCGCACGAUCGAGCUCUUCCAGCUAAACACCGCCGCUGCCCUGAGCAAGACCUCGUGGAACUGGACCAAGAAGAUCCGCAGCCUCACCGAGUCGCAGGGCCUGCCUCCGGAUGAGGUCAACUUCCUCGUGGGCGUCAUGGCCGAAGCCGGCGGCGACACGACGGGCGUUGUGCUCGACAUGUUCACCCUCGCGGCCGCCCUCCACCCAGAGAAGAUGGCCAUCGCACAAAAGGAAAUCGACACGGUCGUCGGAACAGACCGCCUCCCCAACUUUGGCGACGUCGACAAGCUCCCCUACCUCGCUGCCCUGAUCAAAGAGUGCCUCCGCUGGCACCCGGCCGCCCCCUUUGGUCUCCCGCACUCGGUCAUGCAGGACGAUACCUACGACGGGUACCACAUCCCCGCGGGCACAACCAUCAUCGCAUCCCAGUGGUCCAUCAACUUUGACCCGGAGACAUUCCCCAACCCCUACGAGUUCCGACCAGAGCGAUACCUCGAGAACCCAGAUCUCCCCAUCAGCUCGUUCGGGUUCGGACGUCGCGCUUGCCCCGGGCGCUACUUCGCCAUGGACUCGCUCUUCAUCUCCAUCUCGCGGGUCCUGUGGACUUUCAACAUCCGUCCUAUCAAGCAGGGCAAGGAUGACCCGCCCAUGCCGGCGUGGGAGUUUGUCAUGGACGGUGCGCUGCUGAGGCCCGCGCCUUUCAAGGCCCUGUUCUCGGCGCGCGAUAUCCACCGUCAGCGGUUUGUCAUCAAGGAGUGGGCGGCUGCUGAGAAGAGUGUGGAUGUGGAGGCACUCUACGACGCUAUUGAGCCUGCGGGUGGGGACUUUAGCGCCCAAGAGAAGGAGGAGCCGGUUCUUGUUGCGUAGGCUGGAGAUUGGUGGAUGGUGGUGGAAGCUUGGAGCAGGCAUCCUGGUUGAACUCUGUGGGGCUUUGGUUUUUUUUCUUCUGCUUAGUACUAGAACAUGCUGUCGCUUGCUUCAAAGUUGGAUAUGUCAAUUAUUGCCUCUGCCUGUUUCGUUAGAGAAGAAUAUCACAUCUGCGCUGUUGGACC